AUUAGUGUGCGAAGGUGUACGAAGUGUGAGGGUGUCGUACAGUGUAGUAGUGGACCAAGCACCAGUAGACCAGUGGACCAGUGGACCAGGCACCAGUGGACCAGUAGACCAGGCACCAGUGGACCAGGCACACUGGCUAUCAAAGCGUUAUAUGACAAAGAGUACCGGGAAGACGGGACACCACGAGCGUAGCUCUCAUCCUGUAAUUACACUUAGAUAAUUACACUUAGGUAAUUACACCUUCACACAACAAUAGUGGUGGUCGCCGCUCCCUAAUCUACUGAAGGCUUACCAAGUUGAUACACAGUGCUCAUAACUAAAGAAUGUCUGCUACUACAAAAAAGAAGCAUGUAGAACGUGAACUGUGUGAAGAUUUCAGCCUUCCAGAAGGACAUCAGUCAAUUGUGAAAGUGGUGAGACCUCGAGGCAAUAACCUACACCAGGUGACAACAGCAAAUGGAGAAGAAUUUUUGGCUUCUAUGCCCCUUAAAUUUCGGAAACAUGUGUGGAUCAAGCGAGGUGACUAUGUAGUUACAGAACCAAUACCCGAGGGAAAUAAAGUGCGUGCAGAAAUUGUUAGGAUUUUAAUGAAAGACCAUAUUCGGUAUAUAAUGCAAAACAGCAAAUGGCCAUCUGAAUUUGUUGAACAUAGUGAAGAUGUUAAAGAAAAAAUUAUCUGUGGUAGACUUGAAGGAUUCAAAAUGAGUGGGUCUGGUGAAAGUGACAUAGAAGGUGAUGAAGGUGACCUUUUAAAAGAAAAUACAAAUAGGCAGAGAGUUUAUGUGGAGGAAUCAGAUAGUGAGGAAUCAGAUAGUGAGGAAUCAGAUAGUGAGGAAUCAAAUAGUGAGGAAUCUGAGAGUAAGGAAUUUGAUAUUAAGCAUGCCAAUGAUGAAGAGAUCCAUGAUGAAGACAGUUGAAAAAAGAAAGAUGGAGAAAAAUCAUUGUGAUGUUAAACAUCAAAUAAUUACAAGUAAGAAAGCAUUGUCUUGUCUUCAAAAACAGUCUUAUGUAUUUCAUUUUUUAUCAGCUGUUAUUUAAAAUUGCUUUUGAUAAGGAAAAUAAUUAUUUUUACAGGUUAAGGCAUUACUGUAUUUGAAAAUUCAUAGUUAGUGUUAAAAUUCAAUAUUUAUGUUAUUGAGUUCUUAUUUUGAAUCCUAAAUCUGAUAGAAAUUAGCGAGACAGCUUCAGGGAAGGUUGAAAAUUAAGUAAAAAUGUUUACAGUAGAGCUGAAAGGUAAUAGAGUACAGUAGUAAGAGAAGUGCAUGUAUUGGAUUAUUUAUGAAAUGUAAAGUUUGUGUGUUCCACAAUCAUUCCUUUCUAAUUUAAGAAGUCCUUUGUCCUUAUCUAAUACAAUUUUCCCAUUAUUCAGCA